CCGGUCAGCGCUGUGGGGGGCUCGGUCCGUCCGGUCAGCGCUGUGGGGGUCGGUCCCGCGUGUCCCCGCUGUAGCUGCAGGGCUCUGUCUGGCCUGGGCUGGAGCUGCCUGUGGGAGAGCUCUGAGCCCCGCCCGAGCUGGGAGCGAUGGGGGGGUCCCAACCCUCAGAGCCCCCCCUCGCUGUGACACCCCCCUCAGCCCAAAUAACCCCUCUCUCCCUCCCAGGCAGGGGGGCUGGGACUGUCUGUGUAGUGGGGGUGCUCGGAGCCACUGAACCUGGAGAUGAUGGAGACCACGGCCAAGCUGGGGGGGCAGCAGCCCCCCAGUUCCAGCACCGAUGUCCCCAGGGGCCUCUGUUGCGGCCUGACCCCUCCUGGCCUGGGGCUCAGAACUGACAACCAGCCGUUGGGGGCGGGGGACCCGUCCCCUAGGGCUGAGCUGCCUCCGGCUGGUUCGCUCCCUCCAGGCCCCUGGGGGAUUGUUCUGGCCUGGCUGGGGGCUGGGACUCGCCAGCUGGGUGCAGCCUGUCCCGGGCGGUGCCCGGCCCCCCCAGCCAGGUUCCUGGGCACGGCUGCGCUGAGCUCAGUUCAGAGGCCCUUGCUGGUGGGCGGGCUGCCGUUCUGCACCUUCCUGGAGGCGCACUGCCCCGUCGUCCGCGAGCCCUACUACCCCACGCCCUGGUGCUUCGAGGGCCGGCUCCAGACCCUGCUCCGCUUCUUCCUCCAGUCCCGGCCCCGGGUCUCCUACCGCAGCGAGUUGCUCCGCACGGCGGAUGGAGGGCAGCUGCUGCUGGACUGGGCGGACAAUGCAGAGAGCCAGCGGUACCCAGAGCCUGGCACACGCCCCACCGUCCUGCUGCUGCCAGGCCUCACCAGCAACAGCCAGGCCACCUACGUCCUGCACCUGGUGCAGCAGGCCUCCCAUGCGGGGUACAGGACUGUUGUGUUCAAUAACCGAGGGUGCAAGGGGGAGGAGCUGCUGACCCCCAGAGCCUUCUGCGCAAGCAACACGGAGGACCUGCAGACCGUGGUCACCCACAUCAAGGCCCAGCACCCGCGGGCACCACUCCUGGCUGUGGGUGUCUCGCUUGGCGGGAUCCUGGUGCUGAAGUACCUGGCGCAGCAGGGGCGCAACACGGGGCUGGUGGCUGCCAUGACCUUGUCCGUCCCCUGGGACACGGAGGAGUCCAGCCGCUCACUGGAGCAGCCGCUCAACUUCCUGCUGUUCAACCGGCGCCUCACGGCCAACCUCCGCCACCUCCUGAGCCGGCACAGGAAGGUGAUUGCAGAGAAGGUGGAUGUGGAGCACGUACUGCAGGCACGCAGCAUCCGGGAGUUUGACGAGCGCUACACAGCCGUGGUGUUCGGCUACGGGACGUGCGCCGCGUACUACCGGGACGCCAGCCCCUCGCACUCAGUACACGCCGUGCGCCUGCCUGUGCUGUGCCUCAAUGCAGCCGACGACCCCUUCUCGCCGCUGCAGGCCAUCCCCCUGGCCGCGGCACGGCGCCUCCCCACGCUGGCGGUGCUGGUGACAGCGCGUGGCGGGCACAUCGGCUUCCUGGAGGGGCUCUUCCCCCGGCACGAGAGCUACAUGGACCGCGUCUUCGCCCAGUUCCUCGCCGCCGCCUUCGAGCACAGCCAGGAGCUGAGCCGCAGCCUGGGACCCGAGCACCCAGCCCCACAAUAAACCUCCUGCCCGGCUACCUCCUGUCCUCCAUGAGCUGCAGGGAGGGGACGGCCCAGGCCAGGGCUCGGCUGCGGGGGCCGUCGGGCUUGUUCCCAGGGCUGGGGACAGCCCGGACUCUAGAGGGGAAAGGCCCUGCUGGACCCCUGCCGGGGAGGACUGGGGGAGCUGUAUGGAGACCAGCU